UAAUCGAUCUGUUUUCCAUUUAGUAUUCAGCCAGAUUCGAUUCGACUCAGAGGUUUGUUUGGGCAAUUUGGUUGAAAGUGACGUAGCUAUGAACUAUUUGAAACAACUUGUUUUAUUCAUUGCGAUUGCUGCAGCUUCAGCUCAAGACUGUCAAUCGCCAACGUACAACUUCAGAACGCACUCCAACUUGGACACCAAGCUGGAGCUUGGUAUGCAAGAGGGCGUUGAGGUGGGAAGAUACGCUGUAACAAACACCAAGUCCGCCACAACCUCCAACGAGUACCUGGAGGUUACCGUAGACAAUGACCAGCUUGUGUUCACCGUGAAGAAGCAGUUUGAAGAGUACGAAAAAAACGAGCAUGGACUAAAGUUUGCAAUGGUCAUCCAGUUUAACUGCAAUUCGGGAACCAUUUCCGGAACGUACUACCAGGAUAUCAUGGAGGUCAACAAGUAUACACCGGAGUUCUCGCUUGGCGUGUACGAGGCUACGGUUCCGCUGCCAUUGCCGAAAAACUUUGAUUUGACUCCCUUUUUGGACGGUUCGAAGGGGAUUACGGCGACUGAUUAUGAUCUGUCCAGGAAUACGGUUGAGUUCAAGUUGGCUCCAAAUGACUACCUGCAGGUUGAAUCGCUUCCCGUUGAGGGUAGUGCUAAGCAGUUCAAGGCAGUGCUGAAGUUGAAGGAGCAGAUUCUGAAGCUACCCGGUGACAUUGAACUGGAGUUGGAGGGAACGGAUCAAGGUGAUCCUGCUAGAACGGGACGUUCCAGGGUAGUGAUCAAACCUGAUCUGACAAUAGAGUACAACGAUCCUCCUGCGUUCAAGAGAACAUUCUUCCAGGAGGACUACAACCCUGAGCUGGGGAAUUCCUUUGUGGUUGAGCUUGUACCGGGAACGGCUCAUGCAGAUGUUCGGUACGAACUGGUCGGCGAUGAUGCACGGUACUUUGCGUUGAGUGUUGUCGCAGAUAAGACUGCGGCAACAGUCCGUUUGGAGAAGCAAUCACAUCCUGCUGGGAAGUACUUUCUGAGUGUUGUCGUACAAGCGAAACGGUCGGAACUGCAAACGGCAGAGUGUGUCAUUCUUGUUGACUUGAAAGAGCCGCAUGAGUUGGGAACAACAGUUGAGCAGGUUUUAAGUACUUUGCAUUUGGAAGAAAGGCGGACUCAUGAGGAAGUAUUCCCUGCAAAGGUUAGGGAUUGCUCCUAUGAGAUUGUUUCCCAGGUUCCGAACAAAUCCGAGAGUAUCUUCAGCGUGGAUGAGACCACCGGAUGGGUAGUAUCGUCCAAGUUUGAUCGCGAAGAUCCUGAUCUCUUUGCAGACGUGGAGGAACCUCAGUUCCACAUAGUUCUUCAACUGAAUUGUGCAAAUGAUUCUCCUAAAGUCUCUAAAAACUACAGCCUGGAUGACAUUCCCUACGCAACGGACAUCACCCACCUCCGGAUUCUAGUGGAUGACAUCAACGACAAUGCACCGGUGUUCCAGCAUCCCAAAAACCGCGAUCGAGUGUUUGCCUUCCCAGAUCCCACCAUUGCCGAACGGCUGAUGAUCAACAGUUUGAUGCGCGUAUCCGCUACCGACCUGGAUGCCGGCUUGAACGCCGAGAUUCGAUUCCGGCUGGACUCGAACGAGUGCUUCGACAUCCACCCCAAAAGCGGCGUCAUCUACCCCACGGGGAAUUGCUUCGAGGACAGAAAUCCGGUGAUUUUGACGAUCUUUGCUACCGAUCGCGAUGGCGACGCGGAUGGGAACGUUUCCCGGAUGAUGAUUCGAGUGGUGCAAGCUAUGAUGUAUCAGAUCAUAGUUUUGCAUCCUAUGAAUGUUACGUUGGAGACCCUGGGAGAGUUUGUUCAAAUGUUGGAAGCGAAAAGUGGGUUAAGAAUUGUCAUUUUUGAUAACGCGAUCAUGCGUCGUGAGUUGUACGAGACUCAACCACUGGAAGUUGCCAUUACAGUUGCUGCUGUGGCCUUCAACAGUGCUGGAGAACUGAUCUCCACAGGAGACUUCAUCAAUGCUUUGGGAGAAACAUCGAGUUUCUACGUGAAGACGCUGAGCGAACUCCUCAAUUGCGAUCUCUACCCGGAAAGUGCUUGCUCGGUGUAUCCGUACAUUGUGGUCAUGUCGGUGUUCAUCGUGCUCUUCGUCGCCUCGUUGGCUUUGGUAGCAUACUUCUACUUCAAGCUACGACAAUAUUCUGUACCUGCCGAAUCCCUUCAAACCGAACCUAGUCUCAAGUCCGAGGAGAUUCUUGUCGAUAAUCCGGUGCUAGGGACCUUUUCAACCCCACCAACGGAAAGGAGAGAUAUUGCUGGGGCAACUGAAGACUACUCAUCGGACAGCAUUUCUCGUCGCAACCGUCUAGUUCGAAAUCUUUCCGACCUCAUGAUCAUCGACGAAAGUGAGGAAAGUCAUAGACGAGAUUCAGUUCCGGAAGUUUCCACCAGUCCUCAACGAAGGAAGUCCAUCCGAUUCAACGAAGAAGUGGAAAGGAUUGAAACGCUGUAAAGUUUGUUUUUGUGUAUAAAAAAGUGUAUUCUCUGUACAACUA